CUACAAUAUAUUAUAUAGUAUAAUUAUUAUCCGUGUCAAUCGGGCGGGUUUGAGUUGGGUUUAUCGGGCUCGGGUUAGUCGGGUUGCGGGCCGAGCAGGUUGCGGGCCGAGCGGGUUGCUGGUCAAACGGGUUCUGAGUCCAGCGGGUUUGGGUCAAGCGGAUUGCGGGUCAAGCGGGUUGCGGGUCAACGGGUUGCAGGUCAAAUGGGUUGCGGGUCGGGCGGGUUACUCGGUUCGGGUCAUGUUUUAGUCAAAUCGAGUUGCGGGCGAGUUGCGAAUUGCUUUGGUUGAGCGGGUUACUCGGGUCGGGUCAUGUUUUGACCCCUAUAGCUAUGACCACAACUCCCAUUCUCGCAAUGCCCGACUUCACCAAACCAUUCAUCGUUGAAACCGAUGUGUCGGGCAGGGGCUCGAUGUCAUCUUAAUGCGAGAAGAUCGACCUAUCACUUUCAUGAGUCGAGCUUUGGGGACUCAAAAGCAAUGGUUGUCCGCCUAUGCCAAGGAAAUGAUGGUCGUCAUUGCUGCAGUUCAACUAUGGAGACCCUACUUACUUGGCCGCAAAUUCUAUAUUUGCACCGACCAACGUAGCUUGUGGUUCUUGUUGGAGCAAAGGAUCACGACUCCAGAACAACAAAAAUGGGUAACAAGAUUAUUUGGUUAUGAUUACGAAAUCAUGUACAAGCCCGAAAAGGAAAAUCAAGUUGCGGAUGCUCUAUCCCGCAGGCCUUUGAUCUCUGGAGAAACCGACAAGCCCACUAUGGAGGAAUGGCAUGCGCAUGCACCAACUAAAGCUCCCUUGGCCCACAAAGUCGUGGCCCAUCUCCCACCUGAUGACAAGCAAGAUCCCAAUUUAGAAAAACCACUAGAAUGCUUUAGGUCCCCAACCGUACUUCACCAACUCACGACUCUUCCUUCCGACGAAAAUGUCGCGGGGAUUCUGGUGGAUCAGGAUCUGCCAGGGGAAGAUCAGGAAUCUCGGCACAAUUAUGCCGAGGAUAUGCUUCACGGGAUCUCCUACCUCUUCACAACUCUUGGGGACUCUUUAAAACAUGCUACUGCCAACGAUCCCUACCUACAAGCUGUCAAAGAAAAAGUGAGAUCCCUUACUCCUGGCCACUUCUCGGUGAAAGAUGACAUGGCCCUGUACGAUGAGAGACUUGUUCUCUCCGCAGAUUCCCCUCUCAUCAACCAGCUGCUGCAAGAGUAUCACUCCAAACCCACCGGCGGUCAUUCAGGAGUACUGUGCACCUAUAGGAGGCUGGCAGCCCAAUUCUUUUGGCCCGACAUGCUGGAGACCGUCAAAUGAUUCAUUGCCGGCUGCGACCCCUGCCAGCGAGCGAAGUCUCAAUCACUAGCACCAGUAGGUCUACUUCAGCGGCUACCAAUCCCGUAUCUCAUAUGGGAAGAGCUCUCGAUGGACUUCAUCGACAGGUUACCAUCAUCGACUGGGAAAACUGUAAUCUUCUUGGUGGUGGACCGGCUGACCAUGGCAGCCCAUUUCAUGGGACUCUCACAUCCAUACACUGCAAAAGUUGUGGCUGAUGCUUUUUAUUAAUGGCGUCGUCAAACUCCAUGGCAUCCCCCGUUCAAUCGUAAGUGAUCGCGACCCCGUUUUCGUCAGUCAUUUUUGGCGUGAACUAUUUCAUCUGUCAGGAACAUUGCCGCCUAUGUCGUCAUCUUAUCAUCCCCAAACGGACGGCCAAAUAGAGGUUGUGAACCGCA